AUGCGGUUUAUCUGGAACAUUUUCAGUAAAGGAUCGCAUAUGCUGCAGUGUCUUUGUGGCAAGAGGCUCAAGAAAAACAAGGAUCCAACCGAACCACAGCUGAAGGGAAUUGUAACGCGGCUCUUCUGCAGACAGGGCUUUUAUCUGCAGAUGGCGCAAGACGGAAGUCUGGACGGAACCAAAGACGACAGCACACAUGCAACUCUGUUUAACCUGAUCCCUGUUGGACUCAGAGUCGUGGCCAUUCAGUCAAGUAAAACCGGACUGUACAUCGCCAUGAACGGGGAAGGGCAUCUGUAUACUUCUGAGCUGUUCACGGUGGAGUGCAAGUUCAAAGAGUCUGUGUUUGAGAACUACUACGUGAUCUACAGCUCGAUGCUCUACAGACAGAAGGAGUCUGGGAGAGCCUGGUACCUCGGCCUCAACAAGGAUGGACAGGUCAUGAAAGGAAACCGAGUAAAGAAGACUAAAGCAGCAGCCCACUUCCUGCCCAAACCCAUAGAAGUUGCGAUGUACCGCGAGCCGUCUCUACAUGAUGUUGGCGAGCCUGUGCCUAAGCCCGCCCCCUCAACCAAGAAUGCCACACCCCGCCCCCUGCUGGUCAAUGGAGGAAAACCACUCUGCCAGCCCAGCACCGACCCCACAUAA